GUCGCUCGGAUCUCGAUCGGGCCGGUUGUAUACUGUGUUUCGUAGGUAGAUUCGCGAGCCACCAUUCGAGCGUCGUUCAGUCCAUUCCGAGCCGUAUGAUCGGGAUGGUUUUUUUCUUAGUUUUUCUAGACAACCACGCGUAAGCACGUCGUGUCCUCCUCCGAAGUGUACUCGUUUUGCCUAUCUCGCGAUCGUGUAGCAACGUUUAAGUAUCAAACGUUCUUCCUUCUAAAAGUUUGAUUUGAAGAAAGCGGGACAAGGAGAGAGGGAGGGAGAUAGAAAAAAAGAAUACGAAUCAGUCCGAGUCACUAUGGAUCGGUCAUCGAGAAUGAUUCUACGAAAGAUCAUCAUUGAUUUCGUGUGCUUGCUCGUUGUGGGCGCCUCGGUGCUGUUGUUCUUCCUGUUCGGCAAACCAUACGAACGGGGAUUCUUUUGCAACGACGAGUCUUUGUAUCAUCCGUUUCACCCGUCGACAGUAACUAGCGCGAUGCUCUACGUUAUUGGUCUCUUGCUUCCUAUAUGCACGAUGAUAGUCGGAGAAUAUUUUUACGCUAGACGGUGCGAUGCUGACACGACGAAGAUAUUAUUUGGCUAUAACAUACCUACAUGGUUAUGGGGUGCAUACGAGAAGAUUGGCGUAUUCGGUUUUGGAGCAGCAACCACUGUUUUAAUCACCGACAUCGCCAAAUACACGAUCGGCCGGCUGAGACCUCAUUUCGUGACUCUCUGUGCGCCUAAUGUUAAUUGCAACUUACCUGAGAAUCAGCACAGGUACAUUGAGAACUACAGCUGCACAUCCAACAUCUCGCGCAGGCUUCUGAAGGAGAUCAGAUUAUCGUUUCCCUCGGGUCACUCGUCGUUCUCGGCCUACACGAUGAUUUACCUUGCGCUAUACCUACAGCUGAGAAUGACGUGGAAGGGUAGCAAGUUGUUGAAACACUUCCUGCAACUUUUAUGUCUACUUAUGGCCUGGUUCACGGCAUUGUCACGAGUCUCUGAUUAUAAACAUCAUUGGAGCGAUGUUCUGGCCGGCUCGACCCUUGGUACCAUCGUGGCACUAGUCGUAGCAAACUUCGUGGCGAACCUGUUCGAAGACCGGAGCCAUUGCCUAAUUGAAGAGAAGCACCAUGCAACCGAUUACGAGACGGGGGCCGGAACACAGGUGAAUAAUGGCUCUACUAAUCGCAACUGUUGACCUAACGAGCUAGCUCUUCGCUUGCUGACCACACCGAGACCGUGACUCGUCUUCUAGUUGCCUUUGGGAAGCUAGUUUUCGUCUUUAGGGGAACAAAAAAAAGCGCACGCUGGCUGCCUGAAGCUCGAGCAAUUUGAGAAGAAAAAAAGAAAAAAAGAAAAAAAAAACACGUUACGAUAUGCCCAAAAAGUCGGUGUCGCGACAUUUUUUUAUUAUUCGACAGUGAAACUGCCUUAAAACCUGCUGUGGACCGUUUCAUUAUCUCUCCCGCCUUCUCGACGAUUCUUCUAGACAUUGCCUUGUUUCAACGUACAAUCAUCAAUCACCAGCUGAUCAUCGUGCCGACGAGAUUCCAAAUUGGGGCAGAAAGAAGCCAAAAAAAGACAACCGAAAGGAAGGAAAGAAGCAGCAAUGUUAGUCGCGGGAUAAAACGAAUUUAGCGUGCUUCUUCUAUUAACGUUUGGUCGAGCUUUUGUGGUCAGCUUUUAUGGAGAAAUUUUCUUCAUCGUUUUUCGAACGUCGUGCCCGUCGUGAAAUUACGAUGCAAUCGGCAACACGGAGCGAUACUUACGAAGUAGAAUCUUUUUCACACGAUGCUGACGAAUUUUCAAACUCGAGACUUGAAAGUAACAAUCGACAUUGUUAUUUUCACUCGGUGAGGGCGAAGCUGCGUGUGAAAAUAUUUCACUUGGUAUAUAUCUCUAUCGAUUCGUUCUUCCACGUAGAGUCACUACCUUGCCAAUUGUAUCAUAAUUAUUGGGACGCUCGUUUUCUUUUUUUUUUUUUUUAUUUUUUUGCCUUUCGGUGAAAGCGCAUAUUUAU